AUGGCCGGGGCGUGGCCAGCUACGUUUUAUUUUGCCACAUUUUAUGACACCAGCAACAGGACCCCCGUGUACUCAGCCUAUGUUUUUAAAGGGAUAAUGGGCUGCAAAAGACCAAAGAACGAAAAAAUUUGGUUUAUUGAACCUCAACUUGAUGAUAAUAAUGCAUCACCAAACAUGCAAUUUAAUAAAGAUGUGUCAAUACAAGGACUUGGAAACCAUCAAGCUCUCAAUGAAGACUAUGCGAACUCUAAGCAUGACAGAGGUCAUCUGGCACCAGUCUACCAGGCAAACUCACAGAGCUGUGCUUACGCCACCUUCACUCUCACUAAUGCUGCUCCACAAAACCCCUCUUUUAACUGAGGUCAGUGGAGCACACUAGAAGGCAAAAUAGCACGUAAACUGUCCGAUGAAUGUAAACUACCAAAUAAAGCUUACAUUGUGACAGGGGUGGUACCAGGAACUAAAAACUUAAAUAACAGAGUGAAUGUGCCUAGUCAUUUCUGGACUGCAUACUGCUGCUUAGACAACAUGAACAUCUCGUUGUUCUCAGCGUUUUGA